AUGAUUAACUGUACCUAAAUAAUUAAAUAGCUGAAUGUCCAAGCGGAUAAAUAUUUAAUCUAGUUUCAUAAUAGUGUUUGCCAUGCUCAAACAGCUGCUAAAAUUGUUUUAGCACCAAUUAAAACUCGUGUAUAAGUUGUCCUCAGAAUUUCUAUAAAAGUGAUUUAAAUUCUUCUACAUGUGUUUAAAAUUGCUAAGUUGGAGAAAUAUAAGCGAAUCACUAAUAUUGUAUUAAAUGUUAGACUGUAGGAUGUAUUAAAUGUGAUUCUCAGUAAAACUGCUUGCAGUGCAGUCCUAAUUUAUACUUAGAUAUGGAAAAGAAUGAGUGUUUACUAAAGCCAAAAAUUUGUUAAUCUGAAUAUGAUUUUAUUGAAGAACCUUUUACAUAAUAAUAGUGCGUAAAUAGCUGCCCAAGCUCUUAUUAUCCAAAUUAAAAGACAUAGAUAUGCGAAUAAUUAAGCUAAUGUAUACAAAUUAACGACAGUCCUCCACUACUCGAUUAAAAAGUUCUCGAAUUAAGCCCAUUUUAUCAAGAUUACUACCUAAUUAGAGCAAAUUUAUGCUAUUUUGCUCUAGCGGAUUAAAAUUUUUAGAUAAUCUACAUCGAAGUAUUUUAAGAUAUGCCAGAUUUUUAGCUUAAAUAUAUGGCUGCUGGAUAGGAAAUAAAACAAAAGAGUUUUAUUUUGGAAGAAUACGGAGGCUGCUUAGCUAACAAUUCUAUAAAAGUAAUGA